CUUUAAUGCCAGCGUUUUGGCAUCUUUACUGCAGUGCUGUUGUUUCCCGUCUUUACAAAUGGACUGACAUCAGCCAGCAGAGAUGCUGCUUAAAGAUCUUCCCAGAGAGGCCCUGCUGCGGCCAUUGUCCAGGAAUGAAGUGGUGGGCAUGCUGUUGAGGCUGACCAUCUUUGGAGCAGCGACCUACUACAGCAUCAAAUGGGUUGUAGAUGCUAUGGACCCCACCGCCAAACAGAAAAGCCAAGCCAAGAAAAGGGCAGAACAGCUGAUGAAGAGGAUUGGCGUUGAGGGUGUCAAACUAACAGAGUAUGAGAUGAACAUUGCAUCUCAUCUAGUCGAUCCGCAAACAAUGAAGGUGUCCUGGAGAGAUAUAGCAGGUCUGGAUGAAGUCAUCAAUGAGCUGCAAGACACAGUCAUCCUGCCCUUUCAGAAGAGACACCUUUUAGCUGGAUCCAAACUCUUUCAGCCUCCUAAAGGUGUUUUAUUGUUUGGUCCUCCGGGUUGUGGGAAGACCAUGAUCGCCAAGGCAACAGCCAAAGCCUCGGGUUGCAAGUUUAUCAACCUUCAGGCCUCCACGCUGACAGACAUGUGGUACGGCGAAUCACAGAAGCUGACUGCGGCUGUCUUCUCAUUGGCUGUCAAAAUCCAGCCCUGCAUCAUCUUCAUCGAUGAGAUUGAGUCAUUCCUGAGGAACCGCUCCAGUCUGGACCAUGAGGCCACAGCCAUGAUGAAGGCCCAGUUCAUGAGCCUGUGGGACGGCCUGGACACUUCCUCAACCACCCAGGUGAUGGUGAUGGGAGCGACAAACAGGCCCCAGGAUGUGGAUCCAGCCAUUCUGCGCAGGAUGCCUGCCAGUUUUCAUGUCGGCCUGCCAAACACCAGACAAAGACAGGACAUCCUGAGGCUGAUUUUAGCAGGGGAAAAUCUGAGCAAUGCCAUCAAUCUGAAGGAGAUUGCUGAGAAGACAGAGAGUUACUCUGGCAGUGACCUCCGGGAGCUUUGCCGCGAUGCCGCCAUGUACCGAGUCCGGGAUUACGUCCGCAAGGAGCAGAUGAGGCAGAUCGCACAGCAGCUGCAGGACUGCGAGGAGGAGGAGAAACCUGUGGAUGAGGAGCGGUUGCGGCCAGUCACCCAGUUGGACCUCCUCUUCGGCCUGGACAAGAUGAAGGAAUCUAAGCGGGCCACAGCCUUCAUGUUACCCACUGUGUCAGAGGUACCCCUGGACUAAACACCAACACUGCACCACAACGGGAAACAUUUUCUUCUCGCUUCUCUCCAAGCAGGGGCUCCUCCAACAGGGUGCAGUUGGAAAAGCCAUAGAGCAGCCAUACUUUUCUUGAAUUUAUUUAUCCAGUCAGGGUUUUUUCUGAGCAUGCUCACAUUUAGACAACUCUGCCACAUGUGUACAGUUACAAAACAUUCAGACAUCGAAUGCCUCCUACUGGCUACUGACCGAGAGUUCGUGUUUUGCUCCAUGGCGCCAUGAAAGUUUGUUUGAAAGAGGAAAACAUUUUUCAUAAAUGAUAUGAAUCUUUCUGAAGUUAUGGCCAGUAAUACUACAAACUGCUGAACAAUACCACUCUAAGAUUUCAUAUAACGCCCUAACCCUGACUUACACAUGUUCAUGAGCAGAGGGGAUGAAGUGUGAUCACUCAUUAGUCUGGACUCCAGACUGGUGUCAUCCUUUUAGGGUUGGUUCUUGAUUUCUGAAUCAACUGUCUUCUCUCUUUCCUUUCUGGGCAAACACAUGUUCUAAUAAGGAAGACCUAAAUUUAUGUUAGCACUUUGAAAGAUAUCAUCCAGAUGACCUGGUUCUCCAAAAUCACAUUGCACUGUUGUCUCAACAAAUGUUGUGUGAUAGCAAAUUGGUCAUAAUGCAUUUCAGUAAUAUCACUUUUCCAAAUAACGGUGUCUAAUUUAUGGCUGGGUUAAAAUAACCGAUUCAGUUUGAUCUUCAUUGAAAUGAUCAAGUAUAAAUUCAUAAAAUCCUCUAUCGAUCUUUUAUUAUAUGCAUUUCCCUGCUGAUGCGUGAAGCUUAAACCUUGUUAAUCUUGCCUGUAUAAAACAGGGACCGGUGUUAAAUUAUUAAAUAACUGUAGUAUUGAUAAUCUCCGACAUUACCAGUUCUUUUAUCUGCGCUUCUUCAACGUUUUAGUGUAAUCUAUCAUCACCUGCUCUCUGUGUCUUCGCUGCUCCUUCACUAACCCUAACCCACACAAAUACAUGCUACACAGAUCAGAGAGGCCACAGUGGAGACAGUGAGGUAUAAACUACUCAAGUUUAUGAAGCUCGUUACUGUAACUACAAUAAAAUCUUAACAUUUACCAGCGGUACCUGCAGGCAGUGAAUCUCCUCAGCAGCAGAGGGAGGAGCACAGGGGACAGGAUAAAUGAAGGAUCCUGAAUGAUGUCGGUGUUCUUUAUUCUUUCAGAGCUUCACUCAAUAUUUUGAUGUCAGAAAUAUGAUUUAUUUCAUUGUCAUUUUACAUUUAUUUCCAGGGAGAAUUAUUGAAUUUUUAUAGUGACUUUGCUUUCUGAAACACACUGCUCUCUGUACACAACAUCGAGUAAUAUUUUGAAUAUUCAAUUCCAGUCCUGCUCUUAAUUAAUCCUUUUUCUAAAAAAAAUCAUUUUGUAUAAUUUACAGCAUUCAUCCUCUCAAAAUCGCUUUCCUAAUCAAGCAAAGUUGGUACUGUAACUGAAAUAUCCUUUAGAUCAUAAUCAAAGAUGAUUCAGGACAUCGGUAGCAAUAACUAGUUCUACUCUAGUAAAGUACUUUUUUCUUUUGAGGAUUGCCAGAUUUAGGUCUAAUUAUUCAAACAACUUUGCCACUUACUUGUUGUCUUCUGACCCUCAACUGGCUUGGAUCUCUUUCUCCUGGUGGACGUACUGAUACAGUUUGGGCUUUUUUUAAAAGCUGACAAAAACAUUGAAUGUGAUUGCUGUUUACUCUCUAUGAGCUUUUACAUAGUUGAUUAACUAUGAUUGAUUUUGUUAUGUUUGUUUUAAUAUCUCUUAGCUUUUAUAAUUAAGAGAGGACAUAUUUAACCAGUGUGAGGUUGUAACAGAAAACUGCAGUAUUCAUCCUGUAAUGAGUUACUGCUCCCAGAGAGUACAAAUUCCAAGUUUUUCCUUACAGUUACAAUGACAUGUAAGGGUUAAAUGAAUGUUUUUAGUCAGUAAACGAGCGUUGCUGUAGAUACUGUCAAGUCACAAUAUGUAUAUAAAGAGGAAGAGCAGAACAAAGUCAGUCAUAGGAGAAAUUUAAUACGUUACCUCUGGCUACUAUGGCCAGAGAGAUCAGAGGAACACCUCAUUUUGGUAGAAGUAUUUAAGUUUUAGAAAAAAAAAUAAUAAUCAAAAUAAUGACAGUGUAAGCUUGAAUUGGGUCUGUAAAUUCCUGAUGCAAAGCAGUCCUUCAGUUAAUACAUGUAGAAAAAAAGCAGAUAACAAAACAAGCAUUCAAGUGUCAAGUAGAGAUGGGAUAUAGCAGGAGUUAAGGACAAAUUUGAUUUCAUUUUUUAAACUACAUUUAAAAAAAUGGCUAAUAAAUCUACCUUGUACCUUAGGUCACAACUUAAACCCCAUAAUAGCUAUAAUAUGAGCCAGGGACUGUAAUAAUUGUUAUAACCUAUUACAUCAAUAUCAGUUAUUAUCCUACUACGAAUGGCUGUAAAGUUAUACUUACCUGUUUUAUAUCUGCUCAGUCGUCAGCUGUUAGCAGAUGUGUCACAGGCAUUAUGCUGUAUGCAUGUUUGUGAAUGUGGAAGUAUAAUGCUGGGUGAGAGCUGAAGUGAUCUUCAGUGCAUCAAGAUCCGCUUUGUAACCGAAAGUCUUUUGCAAUUAAUGUUUUUUUCACCCAAAACCACAGCAACUGUGACUUCAUUUAACUCUGUCUUACACCCAGCAUGAUGUGGGAUGCAGUGCAGCACGACUUUCAUUGCAAAUUUCAGACCAAGCAGUUCUAAUUUUCAUGGCCAGCGCCCAUGCUAUGAAAGUAGUAAAUGCACUUGCGCCCAUCUGUGUGCCCAUGGUACAUGUAGUUCUUAAAAUGAGGUCUAAUAUCAGAAUGGCUGCGUAUUUACCUGCUGUUUAAAGGACACAUUUUUUUCAUCACCUGCAGGCGGGUUCACAAUGUGUGUACACUAAUAACAACCACAAGCGCGUGUGGAUGGGUUGCGGGUGGCUGAAAUAAUACAUCAACGCAGGAGAAGCAGUGUAACUUCAUUGAUAUUUCAGUAGCAUUUUUCUUCUAUUUGUCAUAUGUAAUGUGAUAUUGGCUGCUGAUACAUUUUUGCUCCUACUGCAUUACUCUCAGCAGUAGGGGCUCAUAUUCAUAUAUGCCUCUAAACCACCCAAACUAGACCCGACUUUGGUAGGACUUUGCACUUUCAGUGAGUUAUCAUUAACUCUCAUUCGCUUGUUCCUUUUCUUCAUCAAAUGGACAAUAUAAUUGCUUGAAGGGGGGGCGGGGCUUAGUGACUGCAAUGAGGACACAUUGCUUGAGGUUCUCAUCUGUGUCUGACAUUUUUCACCUCUUGUCAGUUUCCUUCACCAGUUUACUGGUUAAAAAUCUAAACAGAAAAUGAAGCAUGCAAAUGGUUACCAUGCCGAUUUAAUUUUUUUAAAGCAUUGAGGUCAGCCCUAAACAGAAACCGCUCGCUUCUCCAAACUGCUAAAUGCACCAUGUAAAUAGCAGUCUUGCCGGUACAGGCUCACCUGGCUUUUAAAGGAAAUGGGAGAUGACACUCAGAUUGUUGAACUCAUGUUAUGCCUAAAACUCACCUGUGAAUAAUUAAGGGAUUUCACAGCUUCUUUGCCCCUUGCAUCUUUUUUUCUGUACAGAUUUUGCAGUGUUUAACUCGUAAAGGUGGCAUGGGACAUGCCCUGAAAGCACUUGCACUGUAGCCAACUUUAGAUAAUUUGAAUCGGUCCCUUAUUGUUCAAAUCUGUUUUUUGUUUUUGUGUCAUAUUUUUGUGCCAUUGUUAUUAUAAUGUUUUGAAUAAUGAACUUUCCAUGUCACGCUCUGUGCAUCAAUUAACGUCUAUGGGUGCAACACACAUCAGGGGGUUUCUGUGUCUGUUACUUUAAGUCUCCCUUUGAGGAGAGCAUGACUUUAAAAUUCAAAUACUUUCAAUCAGCUGUCAGUCUGAAGUUGCCGUGACAUGCUUCUCUGACUUCCCUCUGCAUAAAACGCCUCAUUAUUCGCCACAUGGUCACAGCAUGUGUUUACGGAUCUGUUCCUGGGUCUCAUACAGACCUUCCUCCCACGCAGUCUGAGCAAGCCAGGGCAUACUGGUCAUUAAACCAUGACCACGUGGUGGCACUGCAGCUUCACCGUCCUGCUGCUGAGAGCAGGUUGAGCAGCCUGAAAAACCAACAGAAAAGCAGUUUAAUAAAUUGUGGAGAGAUAAUGAAAUAGAGAACCCUGCGCACUGGAUUGUUUCUCCCUUAUUGGUUCAUUCAGUGAUAUUUAGACAUCUGUUGCUCUUCAUUAGAGUACCUCAGGUGACAGUGUAAGGUCAAAACGUUGCCAUGUAAACCAGCCAUUGUGUUGCCGCAGCUUACAGGUCUUAGUUCCCUUUCUUGGGAGAAGGGUAGCACUUGUGUAAAAGCUUUUUCUCAAUGCAGUCUCAUUUAUCAGGUCAUUUAUGUGGCAGAGACUAAUUCCAUGGAUACAGACUGUCCGUGUGCAGUUACUGUUAACUACAUUGUCAACUAUGUGUAUGUGUUGUAUCAUAUGUACUGUAAAGUGUAUUUAUUAAAUUAUAGAGAAGAACAUGUUUAUCUUUUAUCAACCAGCAAAAUGUUACCUCAAUUAUUUCAGCAUGGAUUUCAACCUGUUUGUCCUCCUGCCCAUGUUUACGUGUAUUAAUUGUAAUAAAUCUCAUCAUUCCCAAAAGAUAAA